AUGGCGCUGCUGGUGGCCGCGCUGCGGGUCCUGCUGGGCGGCUUCUUCGCGCUCACGGGGGCGGCCAAACUCUCGGAGCAGGUCUCGGCUUCUGCGGCGCAGCAGAUGAAAGCCCUGUUUGAGCAGUUCGCCGAGGUGUUCCCGCUGAAGGUGUUCGGCUACCAGCCAGAUCCCAUGAGCUACCAGGUGACGGUGGGCUGGCUGGAGCUGCUGGCUGGGUUGCUGCUGGCCCUGGGCCCACCGAAGCUGCAGGAGAUCAGUAACUUUCUCUUGAUCGUGCUCAUGAUGGGGUCCAUCUUCACGUUGGUGUCUCUGAAGGAGUCACUGAACACCUGCAUCCCGGCUGUCGUCUGCCUGGUGCUCCUGGUACUGCUGGAUAUCUGCCAGUUCUUAGUCAGAACCGAGAAGGUGGACAGUCCCACAAGGAAGAAGAUGCCAAGUUUAGCCAAGGGAUCCUGA